AAAGAAGUCAUAAUACACUCUACAGGAUUUUAUUGUGAUUCAAUCACGGAAUAUUAUAUUCUUAUCAAAAAUGACAUUGGAAGAAGUUUGUGAAUGUAACGCAAUGGAUGCUAACGAAAAAAAAUUUGUCAAUAUCGGGAGAGUAACAGCGGAAAUUGUCUGGCAGAGUUUAGAAAAGGGCAGACUUUGGUGUGGUGGAUAUGAACUAGCAAAUCUAAUUAAAAGCACAGACAAUCUGAUGUUUUGUCUUCUACCAGAAGUUCCUGAUUCCAAUGUGACAGCCAGUAUUGAACACACCCUGAUUCAGGCUAUAUGCUGGGAAAAUAACAUCAGAAUUCUGAGAGUGAACAACAGAGAAUCACUGUCCAAAUUAUUAUGUGGCAGACACAGAAAGAAAAAUAAAAAUGAAAAUUCACAGAAAGUCAGCUGUGUUCUUUUGGAGUAUCCCCACGGCAAACUAAGCACCGAGGAAAGUGAGGUUUAUGACUUUUACAAAUGGAUAAAAGUCACUGGCCAAUCAUCAAGCAGGAUAAUUCAACUUCCUGUUUGAACUAGCCUUACAAUGAAAAUGGAGAAAAAUCCCAAAAAAUCUACAAAAGAUAACAAGAAAGGUGUCAGUUGGGGAAAAAAAUAACUAAAAAUAUACGGAAGGAGACAAAUACAUAAAAGUAUUCCCUGACAUUCAUUUCUUCAUUGAGUGGACGUCAGAAACUUUGUGAAGUAGUGAGGUGGGACGUUCAGGCAGUUGCCAUGGCGACCCGUCAAUAACGACGUGGUUGCUAUGGCUACCCAGUAACAAUAUCAUUAUCAUCACUGUUGUCAUGGUGAUCAAAUAGAAUUUUGUCAUCACUAUGGCAACCUCAUUUCAUUUGAGGGAUAGACAGUGUGUAAUAUAUUUUAACCAUUCAUAGUGAACACUGGGAAAAUCUCGGUUGAUAGGCAACCAAAAUAUAAAGUGUUGCGAUUAAAGGGGAGGUUACUCCCAAGAUUUUUGAAAAUACCAAUAUACUGGAAGUGUAACAUUGUGUUAUUGUGUUCAGAAAGACCUUUAAGACUAGAUGGUGAUAAUAGCGAGAGCCAGAAGGAAAAGAAAAUUAAAUUUACAAAUUGUUCAUAAUUGCUCUUAAUGUAAUAAAUGCUAAACUGUUCACUUACAGUAACUCAAGGUUUCAUAAUUUGAUUGAUGGAAUUGAUUUGAAAAAUUCAGGAAAACUGAGUAUUAAAGAGCAUAUGAUGCAAUUAUGCUUAAGAAAAUCAUUUUUGCUCCAUAAUGUAAAUGGGGAAGAUCCUAAGAUGUCAAGUGAUGAUCCACUUUUUUGUUCUGCUCAUAUACAAAUAACUUGGAAAAUCAGUUUAUUUUUGAAGAUAAAGAAACAAAUUGUUCAUUUUGUUACACCAAUCAUGUUGGUACUUAAAUUUAUUAAAGAAAUUGAUUAUUUUGAUGUUCAUUUUUUCCAUUUCUGUUGUUCAUUUCACACAUAUUUAUUUUGAUUAUGUAUUGUAUUAUAUGAACAUGCAAGUAUGGUUCGAAUUGGUCAUUUUAAUGUUCUUCAUGAAUUCAUCGGUUUCAUUUUAUUCUUAUCAUAAGAGCAUGCUUUUGUUCAUAUUAAUUUGAUUUACGUACUAUAUAAUUUGUUCAAAUGAUGAUCGUAGAUAUUUGUUAGGGAUAUGGGUCAUGUAAAUAAAAGCCUGUUCCCUAAGUUUUCUAUUAUUAAUGAAAUAUAUUUUUCUAAAAUGGUUGACUUCAGUUGUUGUUUAUGAUAAUUUCAGUGAUUUCUCGAUUUCUUUUGUGUCUUGAUUAUACUGCUGCUCAUAUUUUGUAAAUAUGGCCUACUGUCCUGAAAAUAUAUUUUGUUACAUUUUAAAAAAUAAAAUAAAAAAUGUAAAUAGCA